GCUGGGGCCCCGCGCUGGGCUUGUCGUUGCAGCUUUAAGAGGGCUCGCGGCCUGGCGGGUCCGGCCCCCCUCCCCCCCCCAGCCGCCCUGAGGGAGCCGCUCCCCCCCCCGCCCCGCGCCAGCCCCGUCCUGCCGCAGCCCCGGCUCCCCGCGGACCCUCCCCACGGCGCCCCCCGGCAGGAGGGUGAAGCCGAGCGGGAGCGAGCCCCGGCCCCUCGCCCCGGGCUGGGGACGGCUGAGGGGGGGGCGCAACAUGGCGGAGGCCAAGGAGGAGGGGCCCGGCCCCCGUGCCAGGUUUGAAGAUAAAUCUGAUGCGGUAUUUGAUAUUACAGAAAAAUGUGGUGAAAUUCUGGAUGCAGAAAUGUCGGAGGACGCUGACCACAACCUAACACCUGCCCUCGACAGCAUAUCUUACGGAAUACAGAAUCGAACAGGAUCUGAAAACUCACUGCUGGAUGAUGAUGAUGACGAUGAUGAUUACUUUCUGAACUCUGGGGAUCUUGCAGGCAUACCCGUUGUGGGGAGUGACAACGAAGAUGAUCAGAAUUUCACUCCUAAAGACACUCUUUCUUCAGCGAUUCAUGAUGAAGACCAUUUGGAAGAGGGCAAGAGAGUUACAGAUCAUGACUUGGACAGUGAAAAAGAAAUUCAGAUUCAGAAUGCAAUCCAAAAGGAUCUCACUUCACCAUUUGAGCAGGGCCCUGUAUUUAAAUCAAUUCGAAAAGAUUUUAGCAUAACAAGAGAUAAUGGCAAAGAGACUUUUUCAGCAAAGGACAAGAAUAGAGAAGGACAUUUUCAAGAACGUGAAAAACGGUUGGAAAAAAUCCCAAAAGAUAUGGAUUCUAGAUUGAAAAGCAGUUUUCUUGACAAAGCAGGUAACUGUUGACAUCGUAGGCCUGGCUACCCGGCAAAGAGGAAGAAAGAACUAGACAGAAAUCAGCAAUAGGGCUAGUUAUUAAAAACACCAUCUUGUUGAAGAGAAUGUGCAUAGCUGUACGUAGGGAAGGGUUUUAUAAAGAACCCUAAACCACGGUGAACUCUGGAGUAGAACCACGAGUUGCAGCAGGGGCUGGCAGCAUUAGGGGGGUCUCAUCUUCCACAGCUUAUGUCAAAGCCUCAGCAUAUCCUUCGUUGCUGUGGUUUUCUAAACCAAGCUGGGUGACAGUUCAAGCUUCCUUUUGUUUUGUCUUCACUGUGUUUUACAGACCUUGGAACUCCUUAAAAGAAAAGAUGAAGUUUAGUUUAAGUUGAUAGCUGGGAAGGAUUUUUUGGAGCAAAGUACCAAGUCUUCAUUAAUGUGUACAUAUUUAAAGCAGCAUGCCUUUGAUAGUAGCAGCACGGAAAGGCUUGCAAGAAAUGUGUUAGUGUGUGCAGGAAGUCAGCCAGAGAGUAGCUCGAGAUCUGCUUUUCCUGGGAGAGUGCUCUCCUUCUGCCUCAGAUACUUGUGUCUUGGACUUUGUCCAGCCAGCAUGGAAAGAACCAGAGAUGUCUGUGAUCUGUUUCUCGUUUGAGGGAGCCUGACAGUCACCAGUAGUCUUGCUGCCCACACACUUGGUUUUGACUUCCCAAGCUCUGAAAGUUACAGUAGAAGGGUGAAUGAAGGAGCUAGGAAUAACCAGGCUGGAAUGGGUGAUUUAAUUGUAUUCAGAAGACUGUCUGGAGUGAGGGUUGGUCAACAAGUGAGAGCCUCCUGGCUACUUGUUCAGAUUCACAGUUUACAAUUCUGGUAUUUAAACUUCGUAUGUCUAGUAACAGCAUCUUAAAAUCAGUGCUUCCAGGUGGCACAAAUGAUAGAGAAGCAAUACAGAUGUUUCUAAAAUAAAGAAAAGUUAAAGAUGUCUCAUUACUUUUACCUCCAGGUAGAAAUCAAGUGAAGAAAGUGCAAAAGAUGUAUGUCAGAAAAUUGUGAAUACCUGCAGUUACAAGGUUGCGGCUGAAAGCUGUGCAGCCUCAGGUAGAGCAGUCAGUAACUGAAAGAGCAAUAAUGAGUGCUCUUAGGCAGCAUGCAGGAUCCAGGCAAAUCCAGAAUUUUUGUGCUAAAAAAGCAUAAGCUACUGUUUCCUGGGAAAAAGGGCAAAGGCAAAAAAGAGUAGAACAGGAAAGAAAAGGUUGGAAGUUGUUGCUCUGAAAGAUAUUCUCUGAUUUAAAUGUUGAAACACAGGAGAGUUCAGAACCCGCAGGGGUGUAGGAAAUUCUGAAGGAACAGUUUGCCUCAGAAUAUCACAGCCAUUUUUCUGGAAUGGGAAAACAGUGACCCAAUAGAAUAAUAAUAAAAUGUCAGUUCUCUUUAAGGAAUACCAUCCUAUUUGCAGGGAGGAGAAAGGAAGUAGUUUAACACUUCUGAGGUGCAGUCAGACUAUGGGGUUGGGGAGCAGCAUGAGACUCUAGAUAGCUUUAAAGGAAAUGCAUUGGAAUCUGUAUUCAUUUAUAUUUAAUGUAUAUGUUUUCCUCAGUUCAUAAUCAAGUAGAAGAAACAUUACGGACGCAGUUAGCGCCACAAACUCCAGAAACUAACUUCAGGGUAAGCUAUAGAUCUUUCAACCACUUUUGCAAGUGCAGCAAUAUACUGGAAUAAUUCAAAAUACGUAUUUUGUAUUUGAGUGUAAAUUUUGAGUAUCAAGAACACUGAUCUUCUGACUCUUAGACAUCUUUGCUACUUAAGCAGUGCAUAUAAUUUUGUAAAAGUUUGCUGACCCUCUCUUUGGAUUGAGGAUUCUUUUGGUAGCCACUUUCAUGUUCAGCAUGGUCUGACUGCCUGGUGAGCCGAAUCUAGACCUGGAUGCAUCCAUCUGACCUGCUGCCUUUUUUCCAGAUGAGACAGGGAACAGCUCUAUCAACAGGAGACACUGCCCAAACAACCGAGUGCCCCUACUGACAAGCAACUUAAAGAGCUGGGUGGCUUCUGCUUUGUCCAGAGGAGUGAAAAGGAUUGGGGGUGGGAUGACAGAGGGUGCUGCAGGGAGGUAGAGGCAGCAGCUUGCUGCCCGUCGUGUCUCCCACCUUCCAGUGGCAGGACCCAUUUCUCUUGGUCUGCAACAGAAACUCCCCCUGGUAGCAGCCCAACUCCUAAUGGCAGUUGCAGGAGGGUGAAUUCUUUUUCAUAUUAUUGUUUCAGGAGUCUAGCUACCUAUUUUCUAGUAAGGAAUCUAUUGGACAAGAGCUGGGGAAUUCCUUUGCACCAAAUAUUAGAAUUAAGGAGGAGCCUUUGGAUGACGAAUAUGAUAAAGCUAUGGCCCCACAGCAGGGACUAUUAGACAAAAUUAAAGAUGAACCUGAUAAUUCCGAGGUAAGUUUCCCAUUGCAUUUCUCAUUUUGGUCUGACAACUGACCGCAUAAGCUGGAUGUAGAUUCAGCAAUUUAUUUGGUUUGUUGACCGAAAUUUAACUAGUUUAGUAGAAGGAUUUUUCCCUCUUAAACUACCAUGAAACCCAAACCCCCAACUUUUUGAUGUCAUGUUACCAUGUCAGUGAAAAUGUUUUGCUUUUCAGUUAGAGACAAAGCAAAGAACUUUCAUUAUUGAAUCUGUGGCAAUAUAGACACUUUAUCUCACCUGGGUCUCACUAGGCGAUAAGAUGCAAGUCAUGUUUCACCGAAUAGUUUGUGAGUAGUCAGAUGUGUAGUUGAACCUACACGUUGCUGCUAUGUCCCUCUUAAAGGUUCUCUUUGCAAGCACGGUGGUUCGUUGUUUGUUCUUGUUCUAAAUUAACACGUACAGGCCUUACCUUAGCAAAGCAUUUAAAUACGUAGAGGUCAGUGAAGUCAGUUUAAGUAUGUGUUUAAGUGACUUUCUCAUCUGAGACUGACAUUAUUUACAAUGAUAUAGAUAAAAGUCCAAUAAUGGCAAAGCGGAGAAAGUCUGAGCUAUGGAUUGAGUGGUGCUGGGGCGAGGAUUGCUGAGCUCUAACUGGUCUCUUUGCCACUGGUUUGCUGUGUGACACCAGGGGAAUGAUCUGUGUUGCAAUUCCUGUCUCCUCACUGCUAAUAUUUGAGUUACGUGCCAAACUACAUGGAGUUAGAGGUGUGCAGAAACAUCCCACUUGCAUCGACACAAGAGUGCUGGUGUUCUUGUGCAGGCAUUAGUUUUUCUAGCAUCAGGCUUUGUACUUCUGCUAAACCUCCUCUUCCCCCUGGGCCUGUCUUCCCAAGAUUUUUUUCUUCUUUUCCCAUGAUACUCUUGGUUUAAUAAAAUAAAGAAGCAAACGAAGUGUUUGAAACUAUUCAGAUUUCACUGCCCUGCUGAUUUCUUCAGUGUCCAUGAGAUCGUUUGGUUUUCUUUUUCCUUAAGCAUAUGUAACAUCAAACCACGUGUAGGUUGGUUAAAUCUCUAUUCUUUGUCCUCCCAGGAUGGCAUCUGUUGUGUGGAUUUGUGGGGAGAGCAAUGCAAGAUGUCUGUGGUUAUCAAAGAUCAUACUAAUAAGUAAAAGUGAAGACUUGAAGGAUUUCAAAUAUCUGUCGUGGUUUAGAUGGACAAUAUCAAAUACUGUAUUGUCCAAAAUAUUAAUUCCUGGAGUAAAAUCCUGUAAUCAUCAACUCUGCUUGAUACUGGAGAAGCAUGAGAAGUGAUGAAGGAGUACGGCCAACAGCCAAAAUCUCAGGAAGGGGAGCUGAAAAUCAGUGCUGUAUUUUCAGUCAGUGGCAGUCCUCUUGCUCCACAGCUGUCAUCAGGUUUCCAGCCUGCUGUGGCAUCCUCUGGCAUGAGUAAAAUGCUUCCUUCAGUUCCAAGCACAGCUGUUCGGGUUUCCUGUUCUGGCUGUAAAAAAAUCCUGCAGAAGGGGCAAACCGCAUACCAGAGGAAAGGCUCUACCCAGCUCUUCUGCUCCACACUGUGCCUCACUGGAUACACUGUUCCAGCUUCUCGCCCACCAGCUUCUACCAAGAAAACCUGCUCAAGCUGCUCAAAAGACAUUCUAAAUCCAAAGGAUGUAAUCACUGCCCAGUUUGACAAUACGAACUCCAGUAAGGAUUUCUGCAGCCAGUCAUGUCUUUCUACAUAUGAACUGAAAAGGAAACCUGUUGUUACUAUUCACACUAACAGCAUUUCAACCAAGUGCAGCAUGUGCCAGAAGAAUGCAGUGAUUAGACACGAAGUGAAUUACCAGAACGUUGUACACAAGCUCUGCAGUGAUGCCUGCUUCUCCAAGUUCCGCUCAGCCAACAACUUGACCAUGAACUGCUGUGAGAACUGUGGAGGAUACUGCUACAGUGGCUCUGGCCAAUGUCACGUGCUUCAGAUAGAGGGACAGUCAAAGAAGUUCUGCAGUUCAACGUGUGUGACAGCGUACAAGCAGAAGUCAGCUAAAAUUACACCUUGCACGCUGUGUAAGGCUUUGAGAUCUUCAGCCGAGAUGAUCGAGAGCACAAAUAACUUGGGAAAAACUGAACUGUUCUGCUCCGUUAACUGCUUGUCAGCAUAUAGAGUAAAAAUGGUUACUUCUGCAGGUGUUCAAGUUCAAUGCAACAGCUGUAAAACCUCAUCACACCCUCAGUAUCACUUGGCUAUGUCUGAUGGGAGCAUACGCAAUUUUUGCAGCUACAGCUGUGUAGCAGCUUUUCAGAACCUGUUCAACAAGCCUGCAGGAAUGAACUCCUCAGUGGUACCUCUGUCACAAGGUCAAGUCAUUGUAAGCAUUCCCUCAGGGGCGAUGGUAUCUGCAGGUGGAACCACCUCGACUGUGUCCCCCAGCUCCAUGAGCAGUUCAGCUGCAGCUGGUCUACAGAGGCUGGCUGCCCAGUCCCAGCAAGUCACUUUUGCCCGCCCUGUUGUAAAACUCAGGUGUCAGCACUGUAACAGAUUGUUUGCAACCAAACCAGAACUGCUUGACUACAAGGGUAAAAUGUUCCAGUUCUGUGGGAAGACCUGCUGUGAUGAGUAUAAGAAGAGGAGCAGUGUAAUGGCAAUGUGUGAAUACUGCAAAAUUGAGAAGAUUAUCAAGGAGACAGUGCGAUUCUCAGGCGUAGACAAAGCGUUCUGCAGUGAGGGUUGUAAACUGCUCUAUAAACAUGACUUGGCCAAGCGCUGGGGAAACCACUGUAAAAUGUGCAGUUACUGUUUACAGGCUUCCCCUAAACUGGUCCAGAAUCUCUUUGGGGGGAAAAUGGAGGAAUUUUGCUCUGAGGAGUGCAUGUCCAAAUUCACAGUUUUGUUUUACCAGAUGGCAAAGUGUGAUGGUUGUAAGAGACAAGGUAAACUCAGUGAGUCCAUGAAAUGGCAAGGGGAGAUCAAGCAUUUUUGCAAUCUGCUUUGUAUUCUGUUGUUCUGUAAUCAGCAAACUGUUUCUGACCCUCCACCCCCAAAUAACACAGCAAACCUUUCUAUGGCACCAGCUUCCUCGUCAGGCCCUCCUUUGAGAAAGGACUCAACCCCUGUCAUAGCACAUGUGGUGUCCCUUGCAAGCACCCCUGCUGCCCAGCCUACAGUUAACUCCAACAAUGUUUUACAGGGUGCAGUCCCUACUGUGACAGCAAAAAUAAUAGGAGAUGCCAGCACUCAGACAGAUGCCCUAAAGCUGCCAUCGUCACAACCACCUCGGCUCCUCAAAAACAAAGCAUUGCUGUGCAAGCCAAUCACACAGACUAAGGCCACCUCGUGCAAACCCCACACACAAAACAAAGAAUGCCAGACAGAAGAAGAAGAAGUUGUUCAACCCCAGAUCAUUGUGGUACCUGUUCCUGUACCAGUGUUUGUGCCAGUGCCCCUUCACCUCUACACUCAGUACACACCAGUUCCACUUGGGAUGCCAGUACCUGUACCAGUUCCCAUGCUCUUCCCAACUACCCUGGAUAAUGCUGAUAAGGUCAUUGAAACUAUUCAGGAUAUCAAGGAAAAGAUUCCCACAAACCCAUUUGAAGCUGAUCUCCUUCAGAUGGCAGAAAUGAUUGCAGAAGAUGAGGAGAAAGAAAAAACACAUUCUCAUGGUGGAUCUCAGACAUCUGAGCAUGAGCUCUUCCUGGACCCCAAGAUAUUUGAGAAAGACCAAGGUAGCACUUACAGUGGAGAUCUAGAAUCAGAAGCGGUGUCCACUCCACACAGCUGGGAGGAUGAGUUAAAUCACUAUGCCUUACGAUCAAAUGCCCUGCCAGAACCAGAUCCAGAACUGAAGCAGUUCUCCAAAGGUGAUGUGGAACAGGACCUGGAGGCAGAUUUUCCAUCAGACUCCUUUGACCCUCUCAGUAAAGGACUGGGUUUGCAUUCACGUUCACGAGCAAGACGGAGACAUAGAGAUGGCUUCCCACAGCCAAAAAGACGGGGUCGGAAGAAGUCUGUAGUUUCUGUAGAGCCCCGGAAUCUGAUGCAGGGCUCCUACGCAGGAUGCUCUGUUUCUGGGAUGACCCUAAAGUAUAUGUAUGGGGUAAAUGCCUGGAAAAACUGGGUCCAAUGGAAAAAUGCGCAGGAGGAACAAGGGGACCUGAAGUUUUCAGUUCACCCUGUGAAGCUCAAGGAGGACAUUCUCUCAUGCACUUUUGCUGAGCUGAGUUUUGGCUUGUGCCAGUUUAUUCAAGAGGUGCGGAGACCAAAUGGAGAAAAAUAUGAUCCUGACAGCAUCUUAUACUUGUGCCUUGGAAUUCAGCAGUACCUGUUUGAGAAUGGUAGAAUAGAUAACAUUUUUACCGAGCCCUAUUCCAGGUUUAUGAUUGAACUUACAAAACUUUUGAAAAUCUGGGAACCUACAAUUCUUCCAAAUGGUUAUAUGUUCUCAAGAAUUGAAGAGGAACACUUGUGGGAAUGUAAACAGCUGGGUGCAUAUUCCCCUAUUGUUCUAUUGAACACGCUUCUGUUCUUCAACACCAAAUACUUCCAGUUAAAGAAUGUCAGUGAGCACCUGAAACUGUCCUUUGCCCAUGUUAUGAGACGCACCCGAACUCUGAAGUAUAAUACUAAGAUGACAUAUUUACGUUUUUUCCCACCCUUUCAAAAACAAGAGGUAGAAUCAGAUAAAUUAUCUGUAGGCAAAAGGAAACGCAGUGAAGAUGAGGAGAUUCCAGCAGCAGUGGAAAUGGCUGAAAAUACAGAUAAUCCCCUGCGAUGUCCAGUCCGACUUUAUGAAUUUUACUUAUCAAAAUGUUCUGAAAGUGUGAAGCAGAGAAGUGAUGUAUUUUACCUUCAGCCUGAGCGCUCCUGUGUACCCAAUAGCCCCAUGUGGUAUUCCACAUUGCCAAUAGACCCAGGAACCUUGGACAUCAUGUUAACACGUAUUCUUAUGGUGAGGGAGGUACACGAAGAACUUGCCAAAGUCAAAUCAGAGGACUCUGAUAUCGAGUUAUCAGACUAACUGAAGUGGGGUAUUUUCCUUUGACUACACAUCAGAAGCACCAAACUGUGAAUACGUCCAGCCUUUGGAAAAUGUGUAUCAAAUAAGCCAAGAUAAUGUCACCUACAGGCAUAUUUUGAACCACAGUGGAUGUACAAACUGGAACUGGAAGGAAGCAAGCUGUGUAAGCUGCAAAAACCAACGUCCUGUGGCACCGAUAAAUCCUCUGAACAAAUUCCAGAUGAACUAACCUAUUUGAGUGGUGCAUAAAUCCUUUCUCUGUUUAGGAUUUAAAAGAGUUCUGAGAUACUUUAAAGGAAAAUGGUUGUGUGAAAUCUACCAUAACAAUGUUGGGCAUGGAGAGCUAGACUGUGGCUCACGUGACGUCUCAGCCCGGUGGCUGGCAGUCCUUGCUGCCAAAGAACGCCUGGAGCUCUUCACGAGGCCAGGAGAGGAAGUGGUGGUGCUCAGGCAGACACCUUCUGUUAUAAAGACACCUACACACGCUUUUCUAAUUGUUUUUGUUUGGAAACUGGGAUCAAAUGGUAGGAAGGCAGAAGCCACUGGCUGUCUAAACGGACAACUGUCUGGCUGCUGUUAAAUGGGUCACACGAUGCCAGAAUCUAGCUCUCGGUCCAGGCCAAUUCCAACUCUUAGCUCUGUUUGGUCUUCGACGUGGAAGAGGUGCUGUAGGUCCAACUUCAGAGCGAUCAUGUUACGGGAUGAACAUUUCUGGGGUAUGUACAGGAGAGUGACUGUCCUGGGGUAUGUGCAGAAAUCCCUUCCCUAGCCCAGUAGCUCUGCAGUCUGUCGAUAUAAUCUAGCAAAUACUGUGGUGCGCGGAAAUUGUUUUUCCCUUAAGGCAGCUUUCCUUUCUCCUCUUUCCCUACUCCCAUGGUUUUGGUUAUUUUAUAAGGCAAAUCUGGAGGGCCUUGUCAUUUCAAAUGGAAGAUACACUCACUUUUUCCACCUUUGCAACGCGUGCAGUGUUGUACAAAGGAUGCAGUAUUACUUUUGACAGCUGAACUGUGGUAGAAAAUUACCAUGUGUGUUUUUUUCCCACCCCACCCAAAGAGAUUUAGUCAUAGUGUUGGAAAUCAAAAGAGAUUUUUUUAAGGCUUGGCUGUUACUGUGUCUUUUGGAAGAGAAAAGCUCCCACAUUGCGCUUGGAGGACGGGACAUUGUCAGAUGCUGUCUGUAUCUCCCGUUUUCUCAAGCUAUAGAUGUGUGUUUCUGAUGACCAGUGGUCACAAAUUCAUUGGAAACCCAAACUAUUUUUAAAGAAGAGAAUUGUAUGGUUUUUACCUAGCUCUGGUCAGUUAUCCAUCUUCUGUAACAGGGGUCUGAUAUUUGAUCUUGUCACUAAAAUUUCAAGAGAUGAAAAUCAACAGCCUUGAGUUCUAUUUCCUUUUUUUUUUUCUUUUUUGUUUUGUUUUGGUUUUGUUUGGUUUUGUUUUGUUUUUUAAUUAUUUUUUUAGCAGUAACAGAAGUAAUUUAACAAAAAAUAAAAUCAGAAAGUAGUCUAUUGACGUCGUGUACUCGGUAGUCCUGUCCCUGCCUGUAACAGAUUUCACUGAUGUAUUUUUUAAUACAGAAAACUAUGUGAAAAGUAAACCUGCCCCUGAUUCUGUCUGAUCAAAGCCCAUCUGUGUCUGUCAUUUCUGAUCAAAGAUGCUGCUUUCUCCAUGUCCUGGCCUAGCGGCCCAUAAUACAUCCCCUGCCAGUGAACGACCCAGGCUCUUGGAGCUCAGGGAUGCUCCUGGAGGCUCAGAUGUUGUUCCAUGAACACUAACCUGUCCCUCCCCAUCGUUAAAUAGUGAAACAGCAGGCACAGUAUUUUGGAUUGGGAUGGUUGAUAGAACGUUUCAGGGAAAACAGAAUCAUUCUGGAAGGAUUCGUUUGUACGUCUGUAGGGGUCUGAAGAAGUCUGAGCUGUGUCUGUUGUGCAUGGAUGUGCCCAGGACCUUGGCAGUAGGAGAGGGAAGGAUCUGGGAAUUCUGUACUUCCUAGGCAUCCCUUCAGCUGGUUUCUCACUCUCUCCUUCCCUGACAUCCCUCCCCUCCAGGGAAUAAGCAAGGGAACAGUUCGGAUAAGCUGUUGGGGGGGACAGACUUUGGUUGGGUGGAGAUUGCCUAAAAAACAGUAUCACAUCUGAGUUUUCACUUAAUAGACAUUAACAGAAAUAUUCCCGUAGAAUAAAGUAGUAUAUUUGUAUCUUAUGAGAAACUUACUCAUUUUCUUCCUCUGAAGUCCCUCACUCUUUCUUGUCUGUGGCCACUUUCACAUACAUUAACUUUUUGCAGGUACUUGGGGUGAAAGACAUUUGCCUUUCAUACUCUCUCAGCAAGAAAAGAUUAAUCACUUUUAAGCUUGACUGGCUGAAAGCAAAGUUGUCAACCAUUGUGCUAACUCCUUUUACUUCAUGGCUCUGAGCUGAGAAGGGGUUCAGUGCAGUUCAGUGGUAGAAUUAACAGAAGAAAUAGUUUCAGUUUUAAUUUCCCUGGUCAGAUACCUUCUGCUUGGAGGCCCUUUGGCCAUGGUGUGUGUUGCCCAGGGUGUGCCUGGGCUAUUUUUGCCUCUUGAGGAAUUUCUGGUCGCACUGGUUUACAAGCUGGAUUAUUUUGAAGGAUUAACAUUAUUAAUAGAUUUUUGCACACAGGAUCAGUUCUGAGCACUUAGACACGUUCUUUAUAAUCGAUAGAUCCCAAUCAUUUGCUGACCGUGCAAGAACGUUUCUUAUUUGAAAUACUCUUUUAAGGAGCAAAUCAGGCUGUAGUCUCAGUGUGGACAGAGAAACAAGGAAGAAGAAUAGAAGAUGAUGCUUCCUGCUAACAGGGUUUCUAUUUCUGUACACUCCCACUGCAAGACACAUGUUUAACCCCUUCAUUCCCAGCGUGUCAGGAUGAUGGCACAGCUCUGCAGACCGGUUUGGGACCCUGGCAGUGAGUGUGUCAUGUUACUCCCCACCAAGCGUGUUCUCAGUGCUGGCUGCUCACAAAGUCUUUGGAUUUUUGCAGAGAUCUUUGUUUAAACUGCUUCUGGAACGUAGCUGUUACCUGGCAGCUCUCCCUGCGAGAGGUGCUCGCUGCAAACCUGCUGCUCUCUCCAAACCUGCUGCUCUCUCCUGGCUUCGGUUGACUAAAGAAGGAACCGGCGCACGCUGAACACCACAGAAUUAAGUGCAAACUGAAUUAUCUUACAAAUUACUCCUCCCACUACUAUCUAAAAGAAGCCCCUGGAUUUCUCUGGCAGUCAUCUCCAGCCGGCUCCUCACAGACUCCAAAUGAAACGGCAGCAAAGACUCACCUCACAUUUCCCCAGGGUGUGCUCCCGCGGGGGUGAGGCUCCAGCAGUGCAGGUUCAGUGCCAGGGGCACAGAAGGGACUCUGAAUGUGCAAUAAAGUCUUCAGGUUUUGGUGGCAAUCUCAGUAACUCUUCUCAGUCCCUUGAGCAAAUUUCACUGUUGCCUUAAAAAAAAGCAAGCAGAACAAAUGCUCAUAUAUAAACCCCAUACGGUGCUCGUCUCAACUCACCAGCACCUUGCUCACGAUCUAGGUUGGAGUUUUGCUUCCAUCAGCACAACGGGUUCUCCCUGUUUUUUCUUCCACACGUCAUCCGUUUUAAACAUUCCUACCAGAGCCGAGUGCUAGAUCUGGUCAAGGGAGAGUUGCAGAGUUGUAGAAUGGUUUGUAGAGUCAGAAAGGCUCAAAGGAACUUGGGUAUCUUGGAUUCUUCUAGCUGCAGAACUUACAUGUCCAUUGGACAUAACAUUCACUAAGCUCAUGGUUUUUCAGCAGAGAUACGUCUUCUGUUAAAGAAACAAACCCUGAAAUAGCUUAGAUAAAUUCCCUUUUCCCUCCAAGCAGGUGAUAAUUUCAAUUAGACAGUCAAGCUAAACGAAGCAUCAAACACCAGAUCUCAAAAUGCAUCCCAAGUGCACAUUAACUCAAAUCCGGUCCAGCUUCCCGGUGUUCAGACGUAGGGAUGGGGAGGCUGCAACAACCGCUUUAGCCAGAGCAAGGUUAAUUUUGUGGUUCACAGCCAACUAUCAGAUACUCCAACAAACAGCACACGUAGGGGGCUUAGCUCUGCGAGUCUUGGACGUUCUAUUUUCUCUUCUACGUAUCUAACACAAAAAGCCAGAACAAUCUGGAAAGGUCUUUUUGACCUGCUGGGAGCCCGGCUGCUGCGUUUGAGAGGAGGGGGUCUGUGGGUGAUGACUUCUGACUUUCUCCCCAGCUAAGCCACCAACUCAUCCUAGAGCCCAGGGUCCAGUGGACACUUCACUCCCGUUGUACCAGUGAAGCCUCAUGUUCCGUCCCUUGCCAGUCUGUACCUCGGUCGUACCCACCUGUAAAUUGGCCAGACUUUCCUACCUCGUUUGGGCAUUAUGAGGCUAAAUUCUGUAGGAUGCUUUGCAGCCCCGUGAUGAAAGGUGCUAUAUAACUGCAAAGUGUUACUUCAAAAAGAUUUAAAUAGGUCACCAGUGCAUCAUAACCUAUAUUAAAAUAAAAAAAAAAAAGACUUUUUCUUAUAUGAGAGUUUAUAGAGUUCAAUGUAUGGUAUUAAUAAGUGAAUUAUUGAGACCCCAAAAAUAGUUUUUGUUUGAAUCGUAUCUGUAUUCCGGAAAAGUGAUUAAAAACCUUUAACC